UAAGUCCCUCUUCCGAUAACAUGCGAUGAAUCCCGUGGGUGAAAUGGCUUCCGCGAGCUUCUUUGCGUCGGCGAGAUUGCCCACUGCAUCGUUUCCUUCUCCGAAGGAACAGGGGAGAGGGCGAGCUGCAGUGUACGUGGCUGCUGUGCCUCUGAGGGCCGCCAAAGGCCCUGCCCAGAUGCUCAUGUCUGCGGCGUACUCGCUGGGGGUUUGGGACCUGCAGCACUUCAUGGUCGUCGUCAGACCAGAUCCGUCUCAGUCGCAGGUGGUCGUCUUUGAUUUUCAGCCUCAAGAUCCUGAGAACUUCUAUGCAUUACUUUCUGUCAUAUCUCAAAGACAGAUACCUGGAGUUGUUCUAAAAAGAAAGCUGCAGAGGAUACCUAAAAGUCGGUGCUGGUUUAUUGGAUUUUCUGAUGACGAUGGUGUUGAGGUGGCCAACAAAUUCAGUGAAGACUGGUCAACUCAUCUGACUGUUGGAAAACAUGACUGCCGCCAUUUCACAAAUGGAUUGGUGGAGUGCUUAACCGGACAGCAACAUGUAUUGAGCUAUCUACAAGCGACAUCCAGUGGCUAAACUUCUGGAUGCUGGAACAAAUUUCUCUCUCCCUGUAAAAAUACACAGGAAAAAGGCGAAUUUGAGCUAAUUGUUCUUUUAUAUAUCAAAUAUCUAAUCUACGGUGACAGUACACAGUACUACAUAUGACAAGGCUAUAUGGUGGUGCUCCGCUUCCUGUGUACGCUUUUUGUGCUGAAUCUUAUUCCUCGUACAAUUUGUGGGAUUGAAGGAUAACAUUUGUCUCACGAAUCCUCAUGUUCUCUUGCCUGCUGAAGAUGGAGACUUUUCUGAGAAGUUCUUAUCCAUAAUUCUGUUUGAUUUCCAAUUUCAAUGGCGAGUAUCUGUUCCACCAAGUCAUCUGCAUGUACAAGGAAUCUCCUGCCUUUGGUCUUCAACUACGAGAGGGACCUCCCUCUCCUUUAGAAACUGUUAAUGCACAUGUUAAUGGCUAUAAAAUCAAGCAUGCAGUUCUCCAAUAAAGAAGUCAGGCAUACAGUAAAAUGUGCAGUCCUUCACUUUGUAAUGGCGUCUCUCUUCUUUGACAAUGAAUCUCUAAAGGUCUGUCAUUAAACUUACAUGUAUUUGCCACUCGCAUAGACUUCUUAUGCAACUUGAUCUUGUCAUCAGUCUUAUCAUCGAUGAAUUCUCCAUG